AUGAAGGGUAUUAUUGUGCUUCUCGGCCUUGUGGUGGCUCUCGCCGUCGGCGCCAGUGCAGUGCGGGCGGGCAAGCCGGUGGUGCCGGCGGUGUUCGUGCUGGGUGACUCGACGCUAGACGUGGGGAACAACAACCACCUGCCGGGGAAGGACGUGCCCAGGGCCAACGUGCCCUUCUACGGCAUCGACUUCCCCGGCGGCCCCAUGCCCACCGGACGGUUCAGCAAUGGCUACAACAUCGCCGACUUCAUCGCCAAGAACUUGGGCUUUGAGAGGAGCCCUUUGGCCUAUCUGGUGCUGAAGUCACGCAACUAUCUCAUCCCCAGCGCCCUGACGAGAGGAGUCAGCUACGCCUCGGCAGGAGCUGGGAUCCUCGACUCAACUAACGCAGGAAACAACAUCCCGCUUUCAAAGCAGUUGAUCUACUUCGCGUCAACCAAGUCCGAGAUGGAGGCCGCUUGGGGCACCCACAAGGUCUCCACGCUUCUCGCCAACUCCUUCUUCCUCCUCGGCUUCGGCAGCAACGACAUGUUCCAGACCAACCCUAAGACCCCAGCCGACGUCGCCGCGCUCUAUGCCGCCCUCGUCUCCAACUACUCCGCCGCCAUCACAGACCUGUAUGGGAUGGGUGCGAGGAAGUUUGGGAUCAUCAAUGUGGGCCCAGUAGGGUGCGUACCGGGGGUCCGCGUGCUAAAUGCAACGGGGGCAUGCAACGAUGCUUUGAACAGAUAUGCUGCCGGAUUUGCUGCCCUUGUGAAGUCGGCGCUCGCUGACCUUGCUCCAAAGCUCCCCGGCUUUGCCUACUCCCUUGCCGACUCCUUCGCUGCCACACAGGCCAGCUUCUCCAACCCGCAGGCACUCGGUUUCGUAAGUUCGGACAGCGCGUGCUGCGGGACAGGGAGGCUGGGCGCGGAGGGAGGAACGCUAUGCAAGAGGAACGACACUUUGUGUGCCGACCGGGACGCCUACGUGUUCUGGGACUCGGUCCACUCCACCCAGAGGGCCGCUGAGCUUGGUGCCCAGGGUCUGUUCGAUGGCCCAGCUGAGCUCACCACACCAAUAAACUUCAAGCAGCUGGCCUAUAAGAGAUACUGA